UGAAUAGGGACCACCACUAACAGCGACAGCACAGCUCGGAGCUCCCCCCGCACCAAAAAGCCUCUGACGUCCCAGGGUACAUGUAGGGUCGCGAUCAAUGUGGCUGCACUGAUCAUCCGUUGGGAUCCGUCUCGCAAUCAUGGCAGCCUUACUGGGCUCGGCUUUGCGAGGCGCGCCGGAGCAACCCUUUCCUUGUCUGCGAUGGCAAUGCUUCGCAAACCAUCGACAAGUCGAGCGAUGACAAUAGAUUAGCCAACGCCAGCGUCGUCGCUGCCUGUUCUGCAUCAAUCAAUCACAGCUACCAAGUCCUCGGACCUUGGGUCUUUGUUGCGGGACGCAGAGCGCAACUGUCAACUCUCGAGCAAGGCAUCUAUUUCCCACAAGUCCACAUGUCGAACGGACUCUUUUGUCGAAAAUAUCAAAGACGCAAAGAUGGACAAAGUGCGACAGAUUUUCAGCAUCCCCGGCCUUACGGUAGCGGCUCUCGCGCAGUCGCUCCUUGCGAUUAAGCUGUUCCCAACCUACUACAGCUCAGAAAGCCACCUUCGGACUGUCGCCCUCAUCUUCCUCGCCAACUAUGCAUUCGGCGCCAUUUUCUGGAUUUUUCUAUAUCCAAACUUCUUCAGUCCGCUGCGGCAUUUGCCGGGGCAAAAGGCGCUGGUGAGCCUCGCUCACCGGACGCUGAUGGUAACCGAUCGACCAUCGGGUGACCUUUUUCUGGACCUGGUCAAGCAGUAUCCAGACGAGCCUUUGCUCAACCUCACGCUCACUCGACGUCAGGUCCUAGUUACAGACCCGAAGCUGUUGGCCGAUGUACUCGUUCACAAGUGUUAUGACUUUGCGAAGCCUGCAAAGAUUCGCAACUUCUUGCAUCAUGUGCUGGGUGCCGGCCUCAUCGUGCUGGAAAGCGACCAUCACAAGUUUAUGCGCAAGAACACGAUGCCCGCCUUUGGAUUUCGGCAUAUCAAGGAUCUCUACCCGAUGAUGUAUCAAAAGGCGGAAACGCUCGCUCGAGCCUUGCGACACGAAACGGCAGGACAGACCCAAACGGUUGAGCUAUCGACUUGGGCCAGCAAAGUGACCAUUGACAUCAUCGGGGUAGCUGGCAUGGGCCGCAAGCUAAAUGUUGUCGAAAAGGGCGAAGACCCCAUACAGACAAUAUAUGAGAGCCUCCUAGAGCCAUCGAGGGAGAAGCUGCUCUUCUCCAUGUUGUCGUUUGUACUUGGUCUGCCUGUGGUCAGGUGGAUUCCGUGGAGGAUGAAUGGUAUUUUCGACCAGCUGACAGGAUCUUUGAACGACAUCUGCAUGCCUAUGAUUCGAGAGAAGAGGCAAGCCAUUGAAGAGAAGGGCGACGACCACUUUGACAUUCUGUCGUUGCUCAUCAAGUCCAACAACUUCACCGAUGUCGAGCUCAAGGAUCAACUGCUGACAUUCCUGGCUGCUGGUCACGAAACGACCGCCUCGGCUCUGACCUGGGCGUGCUACCUGCUAGCCAAGCAUCCCGAACUUCAAACGACGCUCCGCACAGAGGUGCAGGCAGCAUUCCCUGGGAAUCCUCUAGACGAUCCCGCCUCACUCGCAACCACACUCGAGUCUCUGCCUUUCUUGAACGGCGUCAUCCAAGAGACCUUGCGACUGUAUCCUACUGUGCCGCUCACGCUUCGCGAGGCCCAGAAAGACACAUUUGUGAAUGACCAACCAAUUCCAAAGGGUACGACACUUGUGCUAUCCAUGUGGAUGACGAACCGGUCCCCCGAGAUAUGGGGUCCACAAGCUGGCGAAUGCAGGCCUGAGCGUUGGAUCAACGAUGAUGGGAAACCGAAUCAGACUGGCGGGACAAGCAGCAAUUACGACUUUUUGACAUUCUUGCACGGUCCAAGGAGCUGUAUUGGACAGGGCUUCGCCAAAGCUGAGAUGAGGUGCCUGCUUGCCAUGAUGGUCUUGUCGUUCGAAUGGCAGCUGGCCAUGAAGGAAGAAGACAUCAUGCCAAGGGGUGUCAUCACAAUCAAGCCCGCCAAAGGCAUGUAUCUAAAGCUGACGGCGCUCAAUGCCGGUGAAAAGGCAACGAUGUAGCAGCAUAGCAAAGAAAAGUUUCCAGAGAAUUCCAAACACAUGAAAACAGCUGCAACGAAGAGAAGCGAAUGCAGAUUCCAGAACUGGCGACUGAGUCCAGACUUCAGUGCCCGAUUGUCCAUGGACGUGCAGUCGCCUACAGAGGGGAGACAGUGGUGCUGGACGAGCGGGCAUGAGCCGCCUGACUCGGAGCAAUCCG